GACAGGCCCAAGACCAACAAUCAGGAUGGUCUAUAGUGUCUUUCAUACCCUUAAGGACGGUGGAGAGAAGGCAAAGGAACUAUCCCAAGGCGGCCAGCUGCCAAUGGACGUUCAUUUCAUCAACGUCAACAGGCCGGGGCGCAUCCCCAACUGGCAGCUCAGUCAGAUCACGGCCCACGCGAUGCGUAGGAACCAUGAACGGCGUCGUGGUUUAGAAGUCCAGUCGACGCGAGCACAACCUCUUCCAGCCAGCGUGGACCGAUCUCGGGGGGCCAGGAGUCAACGGACUGACCAGGGAUCGGAACAAUCAAGACCUAUCUCAAGCAACGACCUGGAGCCUCGACCCCAAUUGCUCUUGAAGCAUGCGAUAACAGCCAAUGCGCGCACCAAAGCAACGCCCACCCCUGGAGACGAGAGGGCCCACCCAAGCUUGCUAUGCUCUGCACCACAGCGCCUAAGCAAACAUGGAUCUUCCCCAGAGAAACUCUCAGGUGAUGCCCCAGCGGACCCAUGUGGCUGCCCGGAGUGUCGAGCCGAAGCAUUAGCCCUUGCAGCUUGCUCUACCGACAGCGUUUUCGGGGGCCUGCGAACCGAUCCAUUCCUACGAUAUCCUAUUGAGUCUCAGGACUAUUUUCCUGCUGUAAUCGACCAUUGUAGGGAGAUUAUAGCACCAAGCCCUGCCUUCUUCGAGCUCUUUAUGACGCACGAUGUCUUGUUCGAGGCUAUCAUUACCUGGGUCCUGUGUACCUACUUGCUGCAUACACCCGAGCUGAAAAAGGCCAUGCUAUACCAUUAUGGAGGCUCUCUGUCCAAGAUUCGAGAACGCCUCCUCUUCCCAGGGUCUACUCGAAAGGCCGUAAUGGCAGCUAUUUCCAAUUUGGCCGGGGUCUGCGCUUACUUUGAAGAUGAUACAUCCUUCAACAUGCACCGCAACGCACUCCGUUAUCUGGGUCAGUUCAGAGACGAUGAGGACAUGCGCGACCGUGACAUUCGUGCUUCGGCCAAACGUCCUUCUAGUUUUCAUGACGCUCUAUCCUACGCUCAACCCAGGAGAAAGGGAAAGGCUGGCCUCCCCGAAGACCGCUCCUCUUUCCUGACAAUGGGGCUGUCAUCUUCCAGGGAGCCGGUAUACCCAAACCUCCCAUUCUCCACCGAGUUGUCUGCGCGCCUUUCCAGAGUCUGUGAAGGUUUUCGAGAGCUGGCCUUGCGCAGGAUUCUCUCGAUCCAGGUCAUCGAACGGCUGGCCAUGGAACGAAGCCAAAUCGUUCGUCUCGCAUCAAGAGCAACAAGAGACCGCGAAGACUCUCGAGCCCUUCGAGAGAAAUUGACACCAAUCGAACGCUUGAUCUGGUUGGGCUUCUCCGUGUUCCACUUAUACACGGCGACGUACCAACUGGAUCGCCAAGAGAUGGCCGAAGCUUUCCUCGAGUGCUCCCGAAAGAUGGCUCGGGGUUCUCAAUUAGAAAAUGAUUGUCUUCUAUGGGGAGGAUGUGUCGUCACCGCGACCAAAGAAAUUGAAGGUUGUUCGCUUGCAAAGGGUGAAGCUGUGACCAAAACUCUCCUAACAAGGUUCAAAAUGAGCAUCGAGGAAAUGAAUGGGGUGGCACAGAGAUUUCUCUGGAACGAGUCCAUGAGCUCUUGCCUGACAGCAGCCUUGCGUCACCGCUUCAUCGCUGUGUCAAAGAUUGAAGAGACCGCGGAAUGGCGCACGUGGCUGUGACAAGCUUGUACUCAUGCCCUCUAGCAGAUACGGAAAUGCUUCACUGAUCAACGACUACUUAUGCGAAAUACGAUUUCCCGAAAGGUUCAGCGAUUAAAAAGACAAUGCCGAAGUCGGAUUUCCCCUUAUCGACCUCAACCAGCCCAUCCGGCAUCUGUGUCAACAACCGACCCUGGAGCCUCCCCAUGAGGAUCGUUCUUCAAACUCCUGUCAGUGUCCUUAGGGCUCUUUGACAGCGUUGAGAGCUGACUCUCUGUUGUGGUUGUUUGUCUCGGACACGUAUGAAUCCAGAUACGAUGGAAGAUCCUUGACCUUAUUGGUGUCACUGGGUAUUGGGGUGUCGAAAGCCUCGUACACUGGCACCACUCCAGUCCAGACUCUUUCAGUGAUGUCAGAUCUAUUCUCAUCCUUUGCCUCGUCAUGAGGGCCUCCUUGCCGGAUCUUGCCACUGCCAGUUUCAACCUUGACUCUCAGAAUGGUGGUGGAGGUCAUCUCGACAUUGUCAGGUGGAACUCUGGUGUUUUCCCAGCGUCCAUCGACUACCUUAUUGGUGAUCAAUUGCAUUGCGUACAAUUUCUCAUCGUCUGUCUCCACCGGCUUGGCGAACCCCUGAAGGACGGCUGAUCGGUAGUUGUAACUAUGGGAAUUUGGGGUCAAGGACAACACCAAGCCAUCGACUUUGGUUGCAGCGACGCAAAUUGGCAAGCCAUUUGGGGAUUCCCGAGCGAGGCGCAUGAUCCUUGAGCUGACAUAUCCAUGGAGAUAGCAGUCAAGUGGCUCCUCGAUGCUGGAUGAAGGAUAUUCAAAUGAACCCAUGACCCCGAUCAUGGGCAAGAUUGCGGGAAAGGGUUCGUCGGGGCUUGGAGCGAAGGAGACAUGAAGGACCGAGGUAGUGUUUAUGAUUGAAUGGAUGAUCCCAAGGUCAUAUGUCCCUGGAGGAUAUUGGUCUCAACGUACUUAAUGCGGAGGGGCGUGCCUUCUUACCUCUGUUGUUGUAUCGCUUCACUGUAUUUUGAGGUUUCUUUGGAUACUCGAGAUGUCGCACCA